GCUGACCUAGAUCAUGCUGUUCAAGAAUUUCAUCAGAUGAAACCAAAUUCUGGAGUUCACUAUCUUGCUGGUCAUCUGCGACAGCUGGGCUUGCAGGUACAGCCACAACAGAUUAUUACCUCUAUCCACCAUGUUGAUCCAUUGGGAACUGUCCUCUGCCAAUACACUAUAAUUCAACAGUGA